UCAUACACUCAUCAUGAACCCCUUAGAUCCAAAAGAAUUUAGAAGGCAAGGGCACAUGAUGAUUGACUUCCUUGCUGAUUAUUACGAGAAUGUUGGCAACUAUCCAGUUCUAAGUCAAGUAGAACCUGGUUAUCUUACAAAACUCUUGCCAACUUUUGCCCCUCUCAAUCCUGAACCUAUUGAAACCAUCCUUCAAGACAUGCACCAACACAUAAUUCCUGGCAUAACUCACUGGCAAAGUCCUAAAUACUUUGCUUACUUUCCCUGCAGUGGUAGCACUGCAGGGUUUGUAGGAGAGAUGCUAAGCACUGGACUCAACGUGGUUGGUUUCAAUUGGGUGUCAUCACCAGCUGCCACUGAACUUGAAAGCACUGUAAUGGAUUGGCUUGGACAAGUGCUGAAGCUUCCCAAGGCUUUUCUCUUUUCAGGUAGUGGUGGAGGUGUGUUGUUAGGGACAACUUGUGAGGCCAUUUUGGUCACACUUGUUGCUGCUAGAGACAAAAUGCUUCAACAAAUUGGUAGAGAGAAUAUAGGGAAACUAGUUGUUUAUGGGUCUGAUCAAACACAUUGUGCAGUUCAGAAAGCUGCUCAUAUAAUAGGAAUUCACCCCAAAAAUUUCAGGGUUAUUAAGUCUAUGAGGUCAACUUCAUUCACUUUGUUGCCACAAUCACUGUUAUCAACCAUUCAAACAGAUGUGAGAGAUGGAUUGGUUCCUUGUUAUCUUUGUGUCACUGUGGGGACAACUUCAACCACUGCAAUUGAUCCAUUAGGACCCCUAUGCAAGGUGUCAAAAGAAUAUGGCAUGUGGGUCCAUGUUGAUGCUGCUUAUGCUGGUAGUGCGUGCAUUUGUCCAGAGUUUAGACACUUGAUUGAUGGAGUUGAGGAUGCAAACUCUUUUAGCCUUAAUGCUCACAAAUGGUUUUUAACUAAUAUAGAUUGUUGCUGUCUUUGGGUGAAGGAUCCAGCUUCUUUGAUAAAGUCUCUAUCAACACAUUCAGUGUACUUGGAGAAUAGCGCUUCUGAUUCAAAGCAAGUGGUGGAUUACAAAGACUGGCAGGUAACUUUAAGCAGAAGAUUUCGUGCACUCAAAGUGUGGCUUGUUCUUCGAAGCUAUGGUGUGGCAAAUCUUAGAAAUUUCCUUAGAAACCAUGUUGAAAUGGCCAAAACUUUUGAAGGUUUAGUGAAGCAAGACAAAAGGUUUGAGAUUUUUGUGCCUAGAAUGCUUGCUGUAGUUUGUUUUAGGCUUUCACCAUCAAAAGUUGCAAAUAUUGGCAAUGGCAACGUCCAAAAUGGAGACCUCAAAAUUGAGGAUGUUGCAAAUGAAAUCAAUCGUAGAUUGUUGGAUUCAAUCAAUGGUUCAGGCACUGUAUACAUGACUCAUGCCGUUGUUGGAGGUGCUUUUGUGAUAAGGUGUGCUAUAGGAGCAACUUUAACAGAGAAAACACACGUCUUCAUGGCUUGGAAGGUGGUGCAGGAACAUGCAAAUGCCAUUCUAAACUACGGAAUCAAAUUAAAUUAGAUAGCAAAAAAAAAGAGUUUUUUUUUAAAGUGAAGUUCAAUUGUUCAGAAACUCCAUUAGUUAAAGUGGUUGCAAAAUAGAAUUCGUCUUUGAAGUAUAUUCCUCAUUAGUUGAGCAUAAGUAUUCUGUAUUUUGGUUUUAUCUUGCAAAUUGAACUUGUUUAUUGUUAUCCUUCAUGUCCAAGUUUCUAACUACAUGUCAAAUUCAUUAUAAAUAUAUAUAUUUUUAUC